CGUCGCGCUGAUCAGCUCCGCGCCGUGGAGGUGCGGUACCGUUGGGAUGGGGAAAGAAGGCGUUGCAGCGGGUAUUAAUCUCUUUCCGCUCGUUUUGUAGCAGCAGGAGAGGAAACUCCCUUCCUCCGUCGCCUCCCUGCCCCAGGCAUGUUGGCGAUGCCCCGCUGAGACGUGCAGAGUUUGGGGUUAACUCGCACCUGGCCGCCCUGGAAUAGAGACGCUCCGGACCGGAUCGGUUGGGGUUUGUGGUCUAUGUCUUGUUGGAAAAUCCGGCGGAUUUUUUUCUCGCUCGUGGAGGAAGAGCCCCGUCCUGGCGGUUGGCUUCGUGGUCUUUUUUGGAGGGCGAAGGAAGGGAAGGGAUCUUGCUUGAGCUGUACACAGAGAGAGCUCGGACAUGUGUUGUCAGCACAUCUGGGGAAUACAGUCUGCAAGUCCAGAAGGAAAAUUGCUGGGAUCGUUCAAACUGCGAUAUUGAUCUUUGUUAUUUUUUUUCGCCGAGGGAUGCACUUGGCAUGAGAAUCGGAGGAUGGAAAUUGUUUGGGAGGUGCUUUUUCUUCUGCAAGCGAAUUUCAUUGUCUGCAUUUCAGCUCAACAAAAUUCACCAAAAAUCCAUGAGGGCUGGUGGGCGUAUAAGGAGGUGGUCCAGGGAAGCUUCGUUCCAGUUCCCUCCUUUUGGGGUUUGGUGAACUCAGCGUGGAAUCUUUGCUCUGUUGGGAAAAGGCAGUCACCCGUCAAUAUCGAAACCAGCCAUAUGAUUUUUGACCCAUUCUUAACUCCGCUUCGCAUCAACACGGGGGGAAGAAAGGUCAGCGGGACAAUGUAUAAUACAGGGAGACACGUUUCUCUACGAUUAGACAAAGAGCAUUUGGUCAACAUCUCUGGAGGGCCGAUGACGUACAGCCACCGCCUGGAGGAAAUCCGGUUACACUUCGGAAGUGAGGACAGCCAGGGAUCAGAGCACCUUCUCAAUGGACAGGCGUUCUCUGGGGAGGUUCAACUGAUCCACUACAACCAUGAGUUGUACACAAAUGUCACAGAAGCUGCAAAGAGUCCUAAUGGGUUGGUGGUAGUUUCCAUAUUUAUGAAAGUAUCUGAAUCAUCAAAUCCAUUUCUAAAUCGUAUGCUUAACAGAGACACUAUAACAAGAAUAACGUAUAAAAAUGACGCAUACUUACUACAGGGGCUUAACAUUGAGGAGCUUUACCCGGAGACCUCUAGUUUCAUUACAUAUGAUGGGUCAAUGACAAUUCCACCCUGCUACGAAACAGCAAGCUGGAUAAUAAUGAACAAACCCGUCUACAUAACAAGAAUGCAGAUGCAUUCCUUACGACUGCUAAGCCAGAAUCAGCCAUCACAGAUUUUUCUGAGCAUGAGCGACAAUUUCAGACCAGUCCAGCCCCUCAACAAUCGAUGUAUCCGAACUAAUAUCAACUUUAGUUUACAGGGAAAAGAUUGUCCAAACAAUAGAGCACAGAAACUACAGUAUAGAGUAAAUGAAUGGCUCCUCAAGUAAGACAGAACAGUCAGAACCCAUAACCUCAGUGGAAUGCUACUACUGUGAUUGACAUAAUCUAGAAUGCACCCAAACUCACUCUCUCUUUGGGUUCGUGACAGCAUGUGCAAGCAUGCUGUAGGAAUAAAGCUGCCAUGUUGGAAACUCAACUUAAAAUUCAUUCAUAUGAUCGGUGGUAAUUAAAAAAAAUAAAAAGACAGUAUUACAGUAAGUGUGAUUACAAUUUUGAUACAGUUUUCCUGAACUAAUUUAGCAUCACAAAAAAAAAAAGAAAAAAAGACUUUUCAGCCUUUGUAUAUAUGAAAUUCUUUCUCCUUUCCCCCCUUUCCCUCAAACUAAAAGAAAAAAGAGAAAAAAGGUGGCUUGGUGCAGCAUCAAAGUGGAGUUGUGUUCUGUGUGCCAAGUAAUCCUUGGAAAGCUCUCAUUAUUUCACUAUCAUUAAUGGAUACUGACAAGACAGAACAAGAAGACUGUAGAGCAAACUUAUUUCUAGAUUAUGAUCCUUCUGUUCAUUUAAUUAAAAAAGGGACAGACUGAGAGAUAAGUAUUGUAAAUAGAUCACUGCAGAAUACAAAGGAAAUUUAAAUAUUUCCCUCUGUCACAUAUCUGUAGUAGGAUUUGCCAAAAUCAGAAUUGAUCCAUUUUCUGUUUCUUGUUUUACAACAGGUCAUACAUUGUGUUGGAUACUAAUAACAACUCAAUAAAUGUGUUUAACAAAUUAA